AUGGUGUCGGACACGGUCUACGAGAUAUGCCUGCCCGUGCUGCAGGACCCCACCCUUCCUGAGGAUGACAAGGUCGAUCGCGUCGAAGACGUCCUUCGCCAACAAGCCCGCCUGACGGGCAAGGCCCUCGAGGAUGCUGUCCUGGCCGUCCUGUGGCGCCAUCGCGAUGCUAUCCAAGGCUCUACCUCACCACCGCCCUUGCGCCCUACUGCCAUCCGUCGCCCGUCGCCCGCCCCGUGGCAGCCAUCCUCCUUCUCUGCCACAAACUCGCCGCGAUCCCAGAGCGCCACUAUCCAUCCUCCUCCAGGCUUUGGUCCUACUCCUCCCCACUUCAGUCGCGCAAAGUCAUCCACUGCCUCUCCCUUUUCCUCGCCGCGCCCUUCGCCACGCCUUGCCUUUGCGACUCCUCAGAUCCCCCAUAGUCCCAGUUUGAGCGCCUACCAGUUCAGCGAACCCACCUCAUCCACCGAGCAAUACGGAGAUUAUGGAAGCGACAACGUCGACUGGUUGGUCAACGACGAUGCCAGUAGUAAUGCUUCCUUCGGUGACUCCGCCUUCGGUUCAUAUCCUUCCGAAUGGGUUCAGCCUUCCAUGGUAGAAAUGUCGACAUACGAUAUGUUGCGUUCUGUGUUGCGUGACGACAAGUCUGACCAAGAGCUCGAGCAAGUCCUCCAACUCAAUGGCUACGAUUUCAGCCAGACCAUCAUGGCCCUGGCCGACCCGCAAGCCCUGAGUGCCACUGAAGCCCAGAGCCAGACUUAUCUCGUUGGAAAAUCCAUGAGUCCUACGUCCAGGCCUCUGACCCCUUCCAACCUGUCGAAAAGUGGCAUCGUGUGCAAAUACUGGCUCUCUUCUGGCCAUUGUGCCAGAGCCGAUUGUCGUUUCAGUCACGAUCUAAGUAACCAUUUGUGCAAGUACUGGCUAGCCGGAUCCUGCCUCGCUGCCGAGUCUUGUAUCUUCUCUCACGACCCUUCUGCCCUUAUGACCAGGUUGACGGUUGAUGAGAACGCUACGCCUCCUACUCAGUCCCUGCAGCCAAACUUCCAGCUGCAAGAUUACGAUUCUUUUCCUGCGCUGCAGCCCACUAAUUCGAACCCGUAUGACCAAUCUUAUGACCCUACUCUGCUUAAUUCACUCCAAUCACAGCCAUCUGCUGUGUCUACGCUAAACCCCUUUGCCAUGUUUGUUCCAUCAAGCAACGCAAGCAUUCAGUCAUCGUCGCGGCCUACCAGUCGUCACCAGUCUCGCACUGCGACUCCAUCAACCUUGGCUGUCAAUGAUGACGAGGCUUUCCCUACCCUGGGUUCUGCUGCGGCUGCAAGAUCAUCUCGCCGCCAUGGAAAGAGAGGCCAUGGCAACAAGGAGAGCCCCGUACCUACACCUUCAUCUUUGGCUGAUGUUGUUCGCAUGACGCCUUCGCCGUCACCUCAGGUCCAAUCUAGAAGAGGUCUGAGGCCUACCAAAUCAAGCACCGGCUCCCGUGAGAACAGCGCAACCGCCAUGGCGAUAGCAGCACCUGAACACAUCCCCUGGCUAGAAACCGGAGAAACCGCGAACAAGGCAUACCUCAAGGCUAGAGCAGAAGCUUUCCGCCAUGGUGGCCUAAGAAACAAGUUUCUGCAGAGUGCGGCAACUGCGUGGAACAGAAACGAUGCCCGUGGCGCCAAAGCUCUCAGUCUCAGGGGCCAUAACGAGAACCUGGCGAUGAAAGAGGCCCACCGCGAGGCUGCCAAAUGCUUGUACGAGGAACGUAAUAAAGGCAAUGGAGUCGGGGAACUGUUUGUCGACCUACAUGGCCUGCAUCCUGAGGAAGCCGUUCAAUACCUGACGUCCUGUCUACUUGACCACAGCUCCUCUAGCAGACCCGUCUACGCCAUCUGCGGCACUGGGCAUCAUUCUAAGAACGGCAAGGACAAAGUCGGCAAGGCAGUUCGUCAAUUCUUGAACGAAUGGCGAUUCGCCUUCCGCGAGUUCAGUGUGCCCGGCGACCGUAACAAUGUUGGUGGCAUCCUCGGCGUGGAUCCGAGUAGCUACGACAAAGAAUGUGCGAGGAAGAUGCAAGAAGCCGGGCCUGGAUCAGAGUGCGAUAGUGGAGUGUUUUUGAGCAGCAGUGCAGAAGACACUAAAGUUCGUGUUCGAAGACAGGAAUAA